UGAAAUGUUGUUUAUAAGUAGUAUGGAAAAGUGACUAACUUUGUAGAAGAAACUGACUUGAUUCUAUACACAUACCAUGCAUAAUGAUUUAUGAAGUCCUGCCGUUUUAACUUCCAUACAGCUAAAUAGACUCUACUUCUGGCUGACCUGCCCCAGCCUUGUGAGAAUCUUUUCUUUGACCGUCUUCUCACUGGUAACUGUGCAGCUAUCUUUGUAUCAUGGGCAACGAGCAAAUCAAGUCGGCCCUAGCGGCAGCCAGAGAAGAUGGCGUCGACCUUGACUUUCUAUCCACAAUGUUUAGAAAACACAUGAGCAAGCAGGGCGAUAGUGACCGAUCUUUAUCGGAGUUUAGAAAAAAUAGGUCGAGUAAAAAAGGUUUAUUGAAGAAUUCAGCGCAACUGGCGAAGGCAAUUAGUGACGACGAUCUGAUGAACAAAUGGAUGGGCGAAGGCUCUUUUGACCAGCUCGAUACAAACGUGGACGCCACCCCUCUCAUGGUAUGCGCCAUGCUAGGAAGAACUAGACUGGCAGAACAGCUUCUUAACAUGGGCGUAAACCCAGAUGCUAAAAAUAAAACGGGCUCGACGGCUUUAAUGCUGGCUUCAGCGAUGAACAAUGAAGAUUUAAUACGGCUGCUGAUUAGCAGCGGCGCUGAUGUAAACGCUCAAGACGGCUCAGGCAAUACCCCCCUGCUUGUUGCCAUUCUAUCCUCGAGUGAGGUUACUGUAAGACUUCUCUUGGACUCUGGAGCAGACAUACAUACUCGGUCAAAUAAUGGCGUUGAUGCCAUCUUAGCGGCCGCACACGAAGGCCAGGCUGAUAUCAUGCGAUUACUGAAGAGAAAAGGCGCGAACGUAAACUCCACUGAUCGCAAAGGUUGGACGCCCCUGAUGUUAAGCUGUCAGUUUAAUUACCACGAAGCAGUAGAGUUCCUCAUUGACGACUGUCAGGCUGACGUCAACGCUGUUCAGCACAGUGGGGGCACGGCUCUGGAGAUCUGCGCGGGUCAUGGUCACGUCAGAAGCCUCAAACUUCUGCUCAAAGCCAAGGCUAACGUCAACCACGUCAACAAAUUGGGAUUCACGGCUCUUACAAUGGCAGCUGUAAAGGGGGAGCUGCUAACAUUGGAGAAACUGAUCAAGUACCAAGCAGAUGUUAACAUAGUGGACAAGGAAGGGCGCACGGCGUUGAUUCGGGCUUCAAUAGAGGGUCAAAGAAGUAUCGUCACUCGCCUCGUGAAAUCUGGCGCCAAUCUAAAUAUACCUGAUAACGAGGGGGACACGGCCUUGAUGUGUGCUGCGCUAAAUGGACACGUAUCGGUGGUGGAGAUCCUGCUCGACUCAGGGGCUGAAGAUCUGCUCUGCAACUUCAAGUCCAUUAAUGCGUUGAGUAUGGCAGUUCAGAACAGCCAUACGUACAUCGUGCAGAGGUUGAUUGCAAACCACGACAAGCCAUAUCCAUUUCUCAACCAACGCCAGAAGAAUGGGAUCACGGUACUCCACAGAGCGGCAAUCGCUGGCAAUACAGACAUCACGCGGAUGCUGAUAGAUGCUGGGGCCGAUGUAAACGUGGGCGACAAGGACGGACACUCACCCCUAUGCCUUAGUGCCCAUCAAGGGUAUGCUAAUAUAGUUCAGCUGCUUAUCGAUGCUAAAGCGGAUGUCAACUUGGCGGACAAAAAUGGCGUAAGUCCUUUGAUGAUGGCUUCCCUGAACGGCCACUUAUCCACAGUUAUGGCGCUUGUCAAAGCGGGUGCGCAUGUCAACAGUACUGACCUACGAGGACGAACAUCCUUAAUGCAGGCUGCCUACAAUGGCCACGAAAGUGUUGUAGAAUUCUUGUCUAAAAAUGGAGCAAGUCUUGAUUUAGUGGAAAGAAAAUGCUGGAAUGCGUUAAUGUUAGCCGUUCAGUUUGGCCACACAGCUGUGGUUAGAUUUCUGCUGGGUCAAGGAGUCCCGUCUGAUGCCAAAAGUAAAAAAGGAGCUACGGCAUUGCACAUCAGUGCUGGGCACGGGAACUCGGACAUCGUUGAUGCCCUGUUGGAACACAGGGCAGUGGCUAACACGAUAGAUGAAAAUGGAGUCACUCCGUUGAUGCUCGCGUGCUUUAAGGGAAAUAUAAGCUGCGUUCAACUGUUGCUAGCCUACAACGCUGAUGUGAACGCGUCGUGCCGCAAUAACAUCACACCUUUAGGGCUGGCGUCGCACCAAGGACACACUGAUGUGGUCAACCUACUCCUACUAAAUGACGCUGAUGUCAACCAGGUUGACGGGGAAGGAAGUAGCCCAUUACACAAUGCUGCAUUGAAUGGUCAUCGACUCAUUGUUGAAGAACUAAUACAAGCAGGGGCACAGGUCAAUGUACUGGACAAGAAGAAUCGAACAGCACUCAUGAUGGCUGCACAUAAAGGUGACGCGGAAACGGUGAAGCUGUUAGUUGAGAAAGGAGCCAACGUAAACAGAUGCGCUAAAGAUGGCUGGACGCCGCUAAUGCUAUGCACGCAGUAUGGGAAAACAGAGUGUAUGAAAGUGUUGAUUGGGAAAGAUGCAAACCUUGACUAUGUCAACCACGAGCGAAACACAGCCUUGCACAUCUGCGCUGCCAAUGGAGAAAAAGCUGCAGUGCGUUUGCUGCUGGAGUCGGUGGCCUGUCCGAAUUACCAAAACAAAGAUGGCUACAGCCCGCUCAUGUUGAGCGCACAUAACGGUUAUUUGGAGAUUGUGCAAUACAUUCUCCACAACCAAUGUUUUGAACCUGACCUAGAGCUGAAAGAUGAGCAGAAGGGAAACACCGCCUUGCUCAUAGCCUGCAGACGUCGACACGAGGACAUUGCUAGGGCACUAAUCAACAAAGGUGCUAAGGUCAACUAUGCUAAUUUUAAGGGCCGCACAGCUUUGCAUAUCGCUGUUAAAUCUGGCACCAAGGGCAUUGUUGAUGCAUUGAUUGCCAAAAAUGCUGACGUGAAUGUCGUAGACGGUAAAGACAACACUCCGCUAGCCAUUGGUAUUCAGUGCAAACAUUACGCCAUCUGCAAAUCUCUUCUAGCUGCCGGUGCUGAUGCUAAGAAAACAUAUGGGGCUUGUGGAUCUGCUCUCGAGCUCAGUGUCAAGAGCGGCAACUCUCAGAUUAUGAGACUGCUUUUAGAAAACACAUUUGUAACUCCAGAAGAAAGAGAGAAACUUGCCGAUGUAGCAUUUAAGUGUGGUCGUGCCGAGGUUUGUGAGCUGCUGCUGGACUAUAGCAUUACCUGCCAAAGAACAACAUCAGAAGGCAUCAACUCUACCACGCCAGAAAGUAUCAACUCUACCACGCCAGAAAGUUUCAACUCUACAACACCAGGAGGAUCCAGUUCUGCUCCAGCAAUCCAAGAACCAACGCCGACUUUACAGGCAAGCGCCCCUGCAGUGCAGCCUACAGUGAAGAAUAUUAAUGUUUAUAGACAUAUCGGCCGUAAAUCGAUAACUGAUGGAUUUGGAAAGCCAGAGUCAAAGAAGCAAAAAGGAAACACCAUAUAUGAAAAUGUGACGUUCAAGAUCAAAACGGUGCAGAAUUUAGCAAUGGACGGCGACAUAGUGCACAACUACAGCAAGUCUAGGGACAAGAGGGCGCACAGCGACAGUGACGAGGACGAUUAGCCGGAUUUGUGUUAGCCAUUUUGUUUUAGACAUGUAUCUUUGUCUUCUGUUUAUAAAACGAUCUGUACCCUUUUUAAAUAUCUCAAAUUACUGAUCUUUUUUUUUUACCAUAGUUUUUUUUAUGCUGUAAAAUCACUGAUAUGGGUAAACUGGCCCCAAAGCUACUUGCACAAUUGACCACCAACCCACCUGUACAACUGACGACCAACCCACCUGAACAACUGACCAGCAACCCACCUGACCACCAACCCACAUGUACAACUGACCACCAACCCACAUGUACACCUGACCACCAACCCACCUGAACAACUGACCACCAACCCACCUGUACAACAGACCACCAACCCACCUGUAUAACUGACCACC